AUGAAUUAUGGACUUUCAACACGAUUAUUGGCAUACGAGUCAACACGAUUAUUGGCAUACGAGUUUGCUGUAAAAAAAAAAAAGAUUUGCCCUUCAUCAUGGAUCAAAAAUAAAAUUGCAGGGAUUGAAUGGUUGCAAGGUUUUAUGAAAAGACAACCAGAGUUGUCUUUACGAACACCUAAAGCAACUAGCUUUGCUCGAUCAACUGCCUUUAACCGACACACAGUUGGAGAAUUUUUCCAAAAUCUAAAAACAGUAAGAAAUCGAUAUAAGUUUGAUCCUUAUUGCAUAUAUAAUGUUGAUGAAACUGGUUUAACAACAGUACAAAAGCCAGUAAAAGUGUUAACAGGUAAAGGAAGUAAACAAGUAGGAAGAAUCACAUCUGCAGAACGAGGAACAUUAGUAACUGUAUGUUGUGCUUCAAAUGCAAUUGGAAAUUCUGUUUCUCCACCAUUUGUUUUUCCUAGGGUCAAAUUUCAUGAUUACAUGAUAAAGGAAGGUCCUCCUGGAUGCGUGGGAUUUGCAAAUCCUUUUGGUUGGAUGAAUUCAGACAUUUUUAUAGAAUGGAUAAAACAUUUUGCGAGGUAUUCAAACUGUUCUCAUGAAUCUCCAGUUUUGUUACUUCUGGACAGCCAUAAAAAUCAUAUUUCUGUUAGAUCUUUGGAUCUUGCAAUUCAACAUGGAAUUACAAUGCUUAGUUUUCCUCUCCAUUGUACCCAUAAAUUGCAACCAUUAGAUAGAACUGUUUUUGGACCAUUGAAAAGGUUUUACAAUGCUGCGUGUGAUAAUUAA